CGGUGUUGACCUCAGUACCGACGCUUUAUGUGACGGACUCACUGAAAUUACUGCAGGUGUCAAAACUUUGUGUCUUUAAAUUGAGAAACACUACAAUAUGGUCCCUAGCUACAUGUAGGCUUAUGGUCAGAUGGUCAACUUGACAGGUGCUCGAUCCAAGAUCAAAUGGGGAAGUGAACCAAGCUUAAGCAGUCGUAAUGACACCACCGAGAAGAACAUGCAAAAUGGCGAGUUUUCGGUCGUCUGAAAGCCAGCCCUCGGGAGACACACGGGGCAAGAGUCAGGCAAAACUACACAUAGCACCAUCAAGAACUGGAAAAUUAUCACUGUCGGGCCAAAGUGACACAGGAAGGUGCACGCGAUCUCAGACUGCGCUCAGGUCAAAGGAAAACGUACAACUCCAAAUCAAUCGUGGCCCCGAGAACAAAAUGAAGUCAAACCGAAUUUACAACAGAGGCCCAGCACUUGUUGACCAAGCGUCAUUUUCGGGCAUUUUCUACCCCAAAGAGUGCCAUACUGGGAAAGAUUUGAAGCACAGAAAAGCUUCGAGCAAAAGUUUGAGACACUCCAAAACCAGAAAGUGUUCGGGAAGACGUAUACCAGUCAAGUCCAAGAAGAGGAACAAGAGAGACAUUCCAGCAGAAGACACAUGCACAUGUUUGUCUACUCAGGAAACGCUACAUAGGGCAAGCAGUGAGACAGCUGAAAGAACGUCUGUGUCCAACAUCCCUGCCACACCUCACAAGGACAGCGGAGAUGAUGCACUGGCCUUUUCAAACAACCAUGAGACGAUCAAAGCCAGGAUUAGCCUGAUGCGACGGCGCAUACUGGAGGAGCAGGCCAGAGUGCAGGGGCUGCGGGAGGAAUUGGCCCGCAACCAGAGCUCUGCCCGGGCCUCGCUGAGCUGCCGCCGGAUCCGCAUCCACAAGGAGCUUGCCAAGCUGCGGGAGAAGGUCCAGUCGGAGGACCGAAGGCGUCUGCGGGCUGAGGACCAUCGCAUCCGGAGGCGGCUGGCAGCCGGCAGGCGCCAGGCAGAGGGCGAGCGGCUCGCCAUGAGGACCCGGCUGGCUCAGGAGUGGAGGGAGCAGUUCCGGUGCCGAAAGGGAGAUGUGCGGCGGGCCCGGCUAACCUUACGGGAGCAGGCGCGGGCCUACGAGGCGGAGAAGAGACAACUACUGGGGCAGCUGCAGAAGGACUGGACUGCCCAGCUCCAUCGAGUUCAAGAGGUGAGAGACAGACUGGAGAUGGAAAUGGCCAGAAACGGCCUACAGUGGAACGGAGUGACCUGGAGAACCGCAGCUGGGAAGCACAAGUACAGUCUACGUCAGGCCCCACGACAGAAGGCAAACAUUUAUUGUGUAACUCGGAAGAUAAAUAAGAAAGGGCCAGUAGGCUCCAACAAGCAAGAUGGUGCACGUGUAAAUACACAGAGCCCACCCAGUGGAGCAACCGUAUACAGAGAAACCAAGCAGAAGACCCUGACAGAGUUGUAUCAACUGCUGGACAGUGAGCUUCGAUGCAGCAUCUGCUCAGAACUCUUUAUAUCAGCAGUGGUGCUGAACUGCUCGCACACCUUCUGCAGCUUCUGCAUCACCCAGUGGAAGAGGCGGACCGACCGCUGCCCCAUAUGCCGAGCCAGUAUCUCUUCCCGAAACCCCCUUCCCAAGCUGGACACCUUCCUGGCCAAGUUUGUCCGGCUUGUGGGCCGGGAGGCAGAAAAGAAGCGAGCUGAGACUGUCAGGAACAGACAAGACCAGGAAAAGGAGCUGCAGCAAGGGGGCCGCACAUGGGGCAACCUAGCCAACCACUCUCUGGAUGAUCUGGACCCCGACGAUGACGAUUUUGAUGACUCCUUCGACAGUGACAGCAGUGAGGUGGACGAAUUCCUGGAAAUCCUCCAGCAUCGCGUGGGCGGGCCUGCCUUCCGUAGAUUCUUUGGGUUUGGGUUGGGUGACGUGGAGGACAUAGAGGACAUGGAAGAUGACGACUGGGACUUCUUGGAUGAUGAUGAGGACGACGAGGAUUUGCUGUCGUCUCUGAGCAGUGAUGAGCCCGACUUUGACGAUUUUGCCGAUUUGGAUGGUAACCCUCUGGAUGAUGACGAAGAAGAUGAUGAUGAAUUUUGAUGAUCUGUGAAUGCUGUAAAACAUUGUGCUGAAGAUGGACUUGGAGCACAACUGCCCACUGCUUGUGACAAAGAGAUCAUAUCUGAACCAAUUGGCUUCAGCCAGGAGUACGAAACAUCUAUGUGGAUGUGGCUUGCAUAAGGGCAUGUAUUAUUUCCUGGCAGAGCCAUGCACAUGUACAUGUAAAUCAGGCCCAGGCGAAGACAUAAAGGAGCACCGUUGCUCACUUUCCGUCCAAUGCUCCCACCGAGAAGCAACUAAUUUGUACAAAUUCCGACGAAAAGAGUCAUGCCAGAGGGUCUUGUCAGAAGACACCAAAGUAUACCACAUGACCACACAAGUUCUCCAAGGUUGGCCACCACUGGAGAAGCACACACAAGUUUGCAACCAUAUUUCCUGGGUUGUACAUGUCAACUACAUGUACAUGUAUGUAGACAGUGAAGCUCAUUUUCAAGUUAAAUAAUAGUGAACUCUCCAUCAACUGGCAAUGUGAUUCACACUUGUGCCACGUGCAAUUGUUGUUAUCUGCCGGUGCCACAGUGGGGUCUGGCUCUUCAUUUCACUCACACCUUUUGCCAUUUGAAGCCUUGCCUAUCUUCUACGUAAAUACUGUGCACCUCCGUCUACCGGGUCACUUGUGUCAGCACCCCCAAUCUAAGUUCAUGGUGCGCAUCUUGCAUAUCAAAUUGUAUUAUUGUAACCUCUGUAUCAUGAGUCAUAAACAUGUCAAAAGUGGGACCUCGACAUGCCCCCAUCAAGCAAGUGUAAAUGCACCUGUCAGGUGAAAACAUCUCUGCAUUACAUUAAUACCCUACAAAGAGCCUACAGUAUUGCUCGUACUGUCUCUAAUCUGCACUGUGGGUGAUUGAGAUCCACUUUCCAAAUAGCAGGUGUGAAUAUUAAAGGAUUGAACUUUACGUGUGCGUAGCAUGAAAAAAAUAAACAUGAAAUUUUAUUAAUUUAACUCAAUAUGCGACUGGAAAACCGUGUGUCGAACAGAAUGGAGAAGUGUAUCACAAAAUUAUGAAUAUUUUAAAUGUGUCUGGCAAUAAAACGGUCACAGAUGAAGUUUUCAGUGCCAUUUUCAUGUGGUUUGACGAGAUUGCAGCAUAUCACAGUGGACUGAAGUUCACUUACACUGAUGUUCCAUUCAUUGAACCAAUGAACCAUUCAUUGAACCUUGCAAGUCCCUAUAAAUACACCCAGAGAAUUUGGAGAAUUUUCGGUGAUGUGAGGAAGGUAAAAAACCCAGCUUCUGUAGCUUCCAAAGCCCGAUAUCACCAGUAGCCUGCAGUGCACAGUUAACAACUUUUCAUGAUUCAAGAAGGUCUGCUUUUGCCAAGGGUUAAUGCUGUAAGUUUCAAAUGAUUCAUGUACAAACUGAGUACUAUUCUAGAAGGCCAUUGUGGAAAUUGAAAUGACUUACUGUUAAGGCAUCUGAGAAUCUAAGUUUUGAUUUUUGGCAUGGCUAAUUUGCAUAUGUAUAUGUAGUUAUAUAACGUCAGUUACUGGUCACCUCUACUAUGACCAUGCAAAUACAAUGUAUUCUAAGUGCUGUUACAAUGUAUUUGAUGAUUUAAAUUAAAGGGGGUUUCAAAACAGUUUAUGAGAGACUUGCUUCUCAAAUGUUUAUUAGGAUUGGUUGAGAUCCUUCACUGGAAACGAGAACAGUAAAACGUCAGUGAAAACUGUUUUUAUUGGAAGUUAAUGUUGACCCCCAAAAUGGUUCUUUCGGAGCUUAACUUCAGUUGUAUAUUGUUGAUGCAUUGCCUUUGAAUUGAAAAUGCCAGCAAUUCAGAAAUGUUACUACCACCUUGGACGGGGAGGGGUGGAUAUGUGGAUUUUUUCUUAUGUUGAAAAAAUUUGAAGAGUCAUUUUUGUAGAAAUAUUCAUCAACCCCCCCCCAUCCAAGACCUGGAUAUGCCACUGCUUAUUUUGGUUCUAAUAAGUUUAGUAAUUGGGGAAAAAGUCAAAAGGUCUGAACUACAUCACUUCUGAUGACAGUCACAAGUCCAGUCCUGUGCGUGUAUCAUCUGUGUUUUCUCAUUACAGCAUACGGUGUAAUGGUUCAUGUACAUGUAUUUUUUCCAUUUCUGAAUAUCUUUUCGACAAUAACUGAAAUGGUCUGCCCUGUUGAGGUCUUAACAACUUUGCUUGAAUGUCUUUCGCCAGAAAAUAUUUAAUACCAUAAACCGUCUCUGUGUCCAAGAAUUAUUGUACAUUAAAUAUAUUUCAAUAUUGUGGAGCAAUUCGAAAACUAAUGCAUGGUAUAUGUAAUGUCAUAUACAGCAGCAUGCAUUGACAUAAUGAAUUGAUGUGUUCUCAGAUAGCAGGUGCAGCUCCAGAUAGAGUUGGUUGGGUCAUAUCCCUCUCCCCCCCCCCACUCUGGCGCCAAAAAAAUAAUUUUUAAAAAAUAAAUAAUAGUAAUAGUAAUAAGAAAAAAAAUCAUAUCCUACUGCAGGUAUAAAGUGCGUUAGUUAUAGUGUAACGUUUUUCCUAUGUUUUCCUGCCUCCCUGAUGUAUGUGACCGUCGGUGGCAACAGUCGGACAUAAAAAAAAUCUGACAUUCUUGAUACCCCCACCUGGAAAAUUUUCUAGAAACUGGUGCUUUAAAGUGGCCAAUCCUGUACACUUAUGAUCAAACCAUAUCCAUUUCUAGUAUCAAUAAUAUUCUGUCCUUGUUUCUGGUAAGCAUACAUGUAUAUACCGUCACAUGCACGGAUUGUUUUACCUCCAUGCAAGACGUUUUGCUUCUCAAGUGCGUCUGAUGAGGCAGUCAUUGUGCGUACAGAGUAAACAGAAAGUUUAACAUACCACAUGAACUCUAAGAAAUAAAGUGAAUCUCUUCUUUGUUGCAGGUGUUUCUAUUGUGUUUGCUGAA